UUAAGACUCUCAGGAAACUGCCAAAAAUAGAGGAUUAUAAGACACACCAGUGGAAGAUGAAACAUGAAAUCACAGGGACAAGGCAGAAGAGGACAGGAAUUUGGCAAGCAGGACUGUGGCUUUUGGAAAAGAAGACAGAGAGGAAGACUGGCAGUGCAGAAAAGGGGAAGGGAGGUGUCCUGUGAGCACAACUGAAGGAGGAGCAAGGAUGAUGCACUGAGACUUAUAAAAGGGAAGAGAAAGCAGAAUGAACAAGGACAGAAGAUAGGGAUUUGAGGCUGAAAGCUGCUGGGAAAAGUCCAUUUAUUUUCCUUAACCUGUGAAUGCUGCUGGAUGCACCGGCACUGGACUGUGAGGACUGUUAUCCAGCCAGUGAGUGUAGUCCAAGAAAGACAAGAUCAGUGACACACCUUCAGCUGGCCCACAGGGGAGAAGGGAGCAGAUAUAACCAGCCUGCGAUCUGGAGAACAGAAAGCAGAAGGCUAAAGGGAGCAUCGUGUGAAACAGCACUGAUCGAGAUGGUUUGGCCAGCAGAAAAAAAAACCAAACACCCCCCACACACAACUCAACCAGAGACAUGACUGUAAUGAGAACUUGGUAAGCCUGCCCAGGGAUUGCGGAGGAUCAAGGAGUGUGUCGGACCCCAGCGGAGCCAAGCAGCCAGGACAGUCCGAUGGAUUCUCUCCCCUUCACUCGCAUAUGUUUCCUGCUUCUGACCAUUUCAUCUGCCAUUCUAGCUACCACGGUGCCCAGUGGUGACCCUGCUGACUGGACAAAAGACUCUUCCUUGAGCAGCACAAAAGUGACAGCCUAUGACUGCACGCACUGUGGUAUCAGUGUAUGCGAGUUAUCCAAUUUCAGUUGCUGUGUUGUAAUUGGUGAAACACAAAACAAGAUGUUUUCAAAUGAAGUAAUUCAGCUGGUGACCAGUGAAACACAUAUCACUAUGUGCUUUCAGCAAGCAGAUACUUUUCCAAAAGGAAUUUAUGCCAUCAUCUGGGUGAAAGACGAGGGAAUAGGAGAUUCAUGCGGCAUCCUGAAGGCUGAAGCUUCCCCAGAGAAUAGGGAGGAUAUCAUCGUUACAGAGUGGAAGGAGGCUUGCUGUACAGCAGAGGUCCAGCUUGCAGUGCCCAGCAGCUCCUUGAGUUGCCACACUGAGUUGCCAGACAAAAAGGAUAAAAACACACUGCUCCCCGUCUCUGCGGAUGGAAAUGCCAUCAAUUCCUCGUCACCUUCAGUCAGCAAACGAGGCACCUUUGGCAUCACCACCACGUUUGUGGCUCUUGUGGGUUGUGCUGUAGUACUGGUAGUGUAUUGCAUUCUAAAAAAACGAAACCGUAAAGGACUGCUCACAGUGCAUAAUCACAUUUUUAUAGGUGGUGAUACUGCUGAUGCUGCAGAUCCUGAAAUGGAAAACUUCAAUGUUAUUUAAAAACCAUCUGUAAAUGAGGAAAAACAAGCCUUUAUACCAGCAAGAUAUUCUUCAGUGAUGAAGUGCAGCCCUCAGCUGAAGAAAUAAACAUUCAUUUUAUACAAAAUCUCAUAGUAACUUUUACAAAUAUACUUCUAGUGCUUUUGGGGCCGGACUGUUUUCAGUGGUGCCCAGCAUCAGGAUGAGAGACAACAGGCACAAACUGAAACACAGGCGGUUCCAUCCAAAUAUGAGAAAAAACUUCUUUACUGUGAGGGUGACAGAGCACUGGAACAGGUUGCCCCAAGAGGUUGUGGAGUCUCCUUCUCUGGAAGAAGAUUCAAAACUUGCCUGAAUGCUGUCCUGUGCAAUGUGCUCUAGGUGACCCUGCUUGAGCAGGGGGGGUUGGACUAGAUGAUCUCCAGAGGUCCCUUCCAUCCUCAACCACUGUGUGAUUCCAUGCAUUCACUGAGGACUGUGGUUGCUGCAGUUACCCGAUUCCAGGCCUUGGCAACCAGCGUGAGCUCCUGACAGCUCCUGCGACUUCAUUGAAGACUGCAGUCACUGCAAGAUGUGCAACUGGGUCAAUAGCACAGUUUUAAACCAGCUGAAUCCUUUCAAAGAUUUGUGUGGUUGAAACUACCAGUUCAUCUGAAAUUCUUCAGAACAAUCUAUUGUAUAGUCAGGAAGGAUGUGUUGAACCCUGAGGCAGAUGCUCUGUGCAUGUCUUCUAUAUCCUAACAUAAUAGCACUGACAUAGUCUUAAUCUUUUACUUGCCAGGCGGUCUUCAGAUUUCCACAAGAAGACAGUUUGUGCAGGCAACUGGGUUUGUUUAAUUCUUGCGGAGUGCUUUGGCCUUUUGAGUAAACAUUUGCUACUGAUGGCAGUUGCUCUGAGCACUUGGUCCUGCACAAGGGGGAUCGAGGGUCGUAUCCAGCUCCCUCAGAAAUGGCAUUGGGUUGUGGAGGCUGUUGUCCCCUCCAGGCUGGACAAAUGUAUUCUUGUCAAUCUUCCUGGCAAAUCAGGUCAUAAGGCUGGCAGUCUUCAUGUCAAACAUUUUCAAUAGUAACUCAAGCAAAUAGGAAAGGUAGGCAUGUUGAUAUACUUGCUCUAUUCCAGUGUCAGAAAAGAACACUAUUUCUGCAGCUGAAGACAGAUUUGGGUAUACUACAUGGAGACAGUGAUUGAAAAAUCAAGUUCAGAGAUCCCCAUUCGGUAGUUCACAGGCAGUACGUGAACUUCAGAAGAUUUGUCAUUCAUGUUUGAUUUGAAUAAAUCCUCAAAAGCUUGCAUUAUCCAUAAAUUAUUAGACUUGAGCAAAAAUGAGCAGCACCAUAAUUGCAAAAGCAGAUCCAAGAAAUUGAGAUGAAAAUUUGCCAAAUUUUAUUUGCAGGGUUCACCUAGCCAUAAACCUGUGACUGCAACUUUCAGCAGGAAAUCUCAAAGAUUGGUGUGGGAUAUUAUGAGAAGCUUGAACUUUGCCACAAUUAAACCUAAAUUGAAAAGCUCAUAAUAGAAGACAGGCAAAAAUGUUUUCUUUAUGUAUUUUAGAAAUACAGAAAAGCCUCUGUGCUUGAAGUUGGCUGUUUGGUACAGGAGACUGGUGUUCGAUCAUUAUUUUUCCCCAUGAGUGUUUUGCACUCCUGCUGGUCUAAGAUAAUCUUGAGUAUGUCAUUUGGACUGAUUCAGCUGUGAAGUCUCGUAUCAUGAUGUAUAUUUUAAUAUGUUUACUCAAUAAGCCAAUGCCAAGGUUGCCUGUAAAGGGCCCAGAUUGUGUAAGGAUUUAGAGGGAGAAGAAAAGAGCCUUGACCUCCUUAUACAGGUCCUUAGCACAAUUGCAGUUCCUGUUUUUUCUCCAGAACAGGAUUGCUGUUAGCUCUUGGCAGAGUAGGACUGUGUUCAAAAGGGGUGAUGAAGAGGUUGGUUUGUGACAACAGCCUCCAUCCUGAGGAACUAGCAUGGCUAUGGCUAUAGCUUGGGAAAGGAGUACGCAAAUCAGGUAUGGACCUGCCUUUUACUGUGUGUUUUGACCUCAACUGUUUGGAAGGUCUUUCGAAGGUAGAGAAUUUCUGUUGAGAUUUGUUUUGUAACAGUGCCUUUUCUCCAGUGUGCAUUUUCCACUGUAACUACUAUGCAUUUGGUUUUGGUUUUUUUCUGCUGUAAGUCAUCACUGUGAGUGCACUCAGUAAGUGCCAGGUGCUCCCUGUUACACAGACAAGCCAUAUACUAUGCUCAGGAGAGUUAGUGAUGUAUAUAUAUUGUUUUUUCCAUAUCUAGAAAAAUGCUGUCUUAAAUUUGGAAGCCAUGGGAUUUCUUUCAUGUGAUCUUUUAACGGGAACAAUAAAUGUGUGUGUAUAUA